CGCCUCCCCGCGCCCCCCAGGCCGGCAGCGCGGGACCGGAGGGGUGUGUAGGGCUGGCUCGGCUGCCCCUGCCCCCGCCCCGGGGCGGAGCUGCGGCCCCAAAUGAGGCACGAUUUCACCUUUGGGUUCGUCUUCCUGGAGCGCCACUGGAAUUACGGCCGUGCCGGUCCCCGCUCAUGGCUCUGCGCUCCGCCGGUGGUCCCCGCUCCCAGCCCCGACGUGGAGCGGCCGCAUCCCCCCUGUAAAAUGAGGGGAGCGGGAUCUCCGCGCGGGCGGCGGGAGCCGCUGUUACGCCUGUCUGAGUUGAGCACGGAGGGAGGUGAAACAGCCACCUGAAGGCGGGGAAACACCCGAACCGACAACAAGUAGUCUCGCCAGGCAGGGCGGCACGGAGCGCGGCUGGGGCCGGAGCCCGCCCGGGAACAGAAGCCGCUGUCGCUGCUCCGGCAAAGGCAGAAGCUCGUUCCCCACGGACCUCCCGGCGACCGGCUGCCCCCCGCCCAGCGACCGGCGCGCCCCGCUCCCGAUCCCCGCCGCCGCCUCCCGCGCUCUCCCCAGUCAUGUCCCACCCGGAGCGAUGGGGAAGCUCGAGGACAACGAGAGGGUGAUCCUCAACGUGGGGGGCACGCGGCACGAGACCUACCGCAGCACCCUGAAGACCCUGCCGGGGACCCGCCUGGCUCUGCUCGCCUGCGAGUCCCAGAGCGAGUCCCCGGGCGGCGAGGAGCCGCUGCCGCCCCCCAACCCGCCGCCGCCGCCGGCGGGCGGCUGCCCCGAGCCCGGCAGCGGCUGCAGCCCCCGGGGCAGCGGCGGCGCCUGCGAGUUUUUCUUCGACCGGCACCCGGGGGUCUUCGCCUAUGUGCUCAACUACUACCGCACCGGCAAGCUGCACUGCCCCGCCGACGUCUGCGGGCCGCUCUUCGAGGAGGAGCUGGCCUUUUGGGGCAUCGACGAGACCGACGUGGAGCCCUGCUGCUGGAUGACCUACCGCCAGCACCGCGACGCCGAGGAGGCCCUCGACAUCUUCGAGGCACCCGACCUGCUGACGGGCGAGCCGCCCCCCGACGGCGACGACGACGACUUGGCCGCCAAGAGACUGGGCAUCGAGGACGUGGGGGCGGCCGCCGAGGGCAAGGGCGGGCGCUGGCGGCGGCUGCAGCCCCGAGUCUGGGCGCUCUUCGAGGACCCUUACUCCUCCCGUGCCGCCAGGUUCAUCGCUUUUGCCUCUUUAUUCUUCAUCUUAGUUUCAAUCACAACCUUCUGCCUGGAAACACACGAGGCUUUCAACACUAUUAUAAACAAAACUGAACAGGUCAUCAACGGGACAGAAGCCGUGUUACAGUAUGAGAUUGAGACAGAUCCUGCACUGACAUACGUGGAAGGAGUCUGCGUGGUAUGGUUUACAUUUGAAUUUUUAGUACGUGUUAUUUUUUCUCCCAACAAACUUGAAUUCAUCAAAAACCUCUUGAAUAUCAUUGACUUUGUGGCCAUCCUGCCCUUCUAUCUAGAAGUGGGCCUGAGUGGGCUCUCCUCCAAAGCUGCUAAGGACGUGCUUGGUUUCCUCAGGGUGGUAAGGUUUGUCAGGAUCCUCCGAAUUUUCAAGCUCACUCGGCACUUCGUGGGCCUCAGGGUGCUGGGCCACACUCUGCGAGCCAGCACCAAUGAAUUUCUGCUGCUGAUAAUAUUCCUGGCACUUGGUGUUUUGAUAUUUGCCACUAUGAUCUACUACGCGGAGCGGGUGGGAGCCCAGCCUAAUGACCCAUCAGCAAGUGAACACACACAGUUCAAAAACAUCCCUAUCGGCUUCUGGUGGGCUGUAGUCACCAUGACCACCCUGGGAUAUGGGGAUAUGUAUCCACGGACUUGGUCAGGCAUGCUGGUGGGAGCCCUGUGUGCACUGGCGGGAGUGCUCACCAUAGCCAUGCCCGUGCCUGUGAUAGUUAACAAUUUUGGGAUGUACUACUCCCUGGCCAUGGCAAAGCAGAAGUUGCCAAGGAAGCGAAAGAAGCACAUCCCUCCUGCUCCUCAAGCCAGCUCACCCACCUUCUGCAAGACAGACUUGAACAUGGCCUGCAAUAGCACACAGGGAGACAUCUGCCUGGGCAAGGACAACCAGCUGAUGGAACACAACAGAUCAUCAGUGUUAUCAGGUGAAGACAGUGCAGGAAGUGAGCAGCCACUCUCACCUGGUGAAAGGCUCCCUCCCAUCAGACGUUCUAGUACAAGAGACAAAAACAGAAGAGGGGGAACAUGUUUCCUACUGACAACAGGUGAUUACACGUGUGCUACUGAUGGAGGGAUCAGGAAAGGUAUGGACUUCUUUCAUUAGAUCAUAAAAGGUUACUCAGCAAUGUGCUUGUGAAAAACAAUCUUAGAGUAAAAUGAUGUGCACAAUGCUCUAAGAGGAAAGACUGUACUCACAAUGUACCUUUUUUUCCUUUACUCCUAGUCAUUCUUUUCCUUUUAGAAACACUCAUCCCCUUUAGUCUUCAAAAAAUGUGCUUGAUGUUGGACCCUCAUUUCACUUGUGUCUUCAUUUGUCCAUAACCUCUAGUGGAAAAGCCUGCAAUUCAGACCUUGUUCAUUCAACCACUCAUCACUCAAUAUAACUUGUCAUUCUAAAAGACAAAUUAAUCAUAUUAUAACUGUGGUCCGCUCUUAAUAAAAUUGACAGCUGAAUACACUUUAAAGGUUGACAUGUCAGAAGUAAGCAACAUUUCUGAACACAAAAAAGCAUAUCCUGAGAUGCUAUUUAGAUUUCUUUCAAACAAAAUUUUGAGCCUAUAAUGCCAAAAAAUAUUUUUAUUCCUUGGCAGUACACCACUGAUACCAAAAGAUUCCUGUCUACCCCAGCCGUAAUUCAGCUAUGUAGUAAAACAAUGCUUGACCUUGCAAGGUGUUAAAAAUGCCUUUCCAGUUAUUUAACCUCCUCAAAUCUAAUUACUUGCUUCUCAGUAGGAUGGGACUGCCCAGGUGGAGUUUGUAAAACUGUUUUGUGCUUGUAUCUCCCACAUGACUGAUUGUUUCUACCCCAGUAGGCCACAUCUGCCUGUGGCUGCAAACCUAGCAUCAGGAAACAGCCCUAAGAUCAGCAUGCCUGUGGUAGUCUUCCCAUUUCCUUGGAUAGGAACUGCUUUUGUUUCUUAGCAAAUUAUAUUCCUCUGACCUUGUAACAUUCAGACAGAUUUUGCAUUCCUGAGUGAAGUGUAGUUGUUCACCUCAGUGAUUACCUGAAGUAGCCAUGUGGCACUGGACAAAUAUUUUUGCUCAAGAUUUUUCUGCCUUUUUUUUUUUUCCCAAACUUUCUUGCUGUAUAACAAACAUAGCUGUCCCAGCAGCCAUAUAUCUAAAGGAAUUCUCUUGGGUUGUUCUGCCAAUGCUCUUUUUGCAUUCAAAGCAUAAGCUCAGUAGGCUAAACCUGUGAAGGCAGAUAUGCAACCAGUUCCACGUGUAUGGCACUUGUGGAGUAUGACUCUAUGCUCGGGCAUUUUACGUACUCCUGUGUAUAAGGUUUAGCUUAAAUGAAAAAUCAUUGCAAGCAUGUUUUUGCACGAAUUUACUACAUUUUUCACUGAGCAUAUAUUUCACUGUCUCUCAACAACUAGGAUUAUUUAAAAUAUCUCUAAUGCUAAGAGUCUUUGAGGAGGUCAAGAACACCUGGAUAAGGUAGGGUACCAUGGCAUCUUGCAUGAUCAUCUUUUUGACUUCACUCAGCAAGUUAGGCUGGUAACCAUGACUAGAGCAGAUCAGAAAUAAUAAAAGAAGUUACCCAUCGGCUACUAAAGACAUAUUUAUAUAACAGUAAAGCCUAUUUUAUCCUGGAACAUUUUGAUUUGUAAAUCUAGAUUUAAAAGAAAAUUUUUUUGGUAGUUUUUGUAGGUUUUGUAGUUUUUACUAGAAAACUGGGGCUUAAGGUCAGAAUGGACAGUUUUUUGAUGAGAAAUAUGCUAUUUGCCUGGCUCUGAUGAUAAUCUUAGUUGAAGCUGAAAUAUUUUAGUCACUGGCUUUGGAAUGUAUUUUAUACAGAGUGGGGAAGUUAAUCCAUAAGCAGAAAAUAUCUUCAAGUAAUAUACAAAUGGGUUUGAAUGCUUGAAUGUCAUUCGCACAUCAAGUCUACUACCUCUACAUUUUAUUUUACCCUUUCUUUCUUUCCUUCUUUUGGUACAUUCUUCUUGCUUGGUUUGUUCCUUGGUUGAUUCUUCUUGUUUGGUUUGUUCCUUAGUUGAUUCUUGGUUGUUCAGUUAUAAUUUAUUCUGAGCUUUUUUGCAUCUCCAUUUCCAGGAUGAUACUGAUUCGGAGCUGAUCCACUAAAAUACCUGAAAAGUACUGAUUUUGGAUCAUGCAUCUCUCACUAUUCAUCUUGUGUAUCUGGUUUUCAUUUUUUAGGAGUUUCUCCUUUGUUUAUAAUCUUUACCAUCAUCCUCUCUCAGUUCUUUCCUUUUAUCAUUAGAAGAGUAGCAAGAAAAUAAUCUUAAAAACUACUUUCCUAGCUUCUAUGUGAAAAAGCUAUCUGAUUAUUUUGAUUUGUUUUUAAUAAGCUUUAUGUUUACAGGGAGUUUAAAUAUAUACACUAGCAUUGUGCUUCUCUUUAAUUCCCUUUUCAAAAAUAAUUCUUUCUAGUCUGGGUAGAUACUGAAAGAAACUCAGAAACUGGAGGCUGUUUCAGAAAUGUAUCAGAAUUCUGUGUAGUAUCACAGUCUAGUCUGCCCUUGCCAUCUGGAGGGAACAUUGCAUAAUGUUUUAGCAGACAUGACGUUAUACAUUUGCUUUAAGUGUAGUUUUACAGUAUGCAGAUUUCAGGAUAAAAAUGUGUUAAUUGUUGUAAGGGGAGAGCCUAAGAUAUGAUUUUUCCUAAAGAUGCCAUUAACUGUCUGUUACUUAGAGACCUAGAAUUUGAGCCAGUAACUGUUUUAAUCAGGAAAAAAAAAAAAAGUUUGUUGACAUUCCAUGUCGUGUUUAGCUUUACUGUCAUUGGUAUUUUAAGGUUUCUGGGGGGAAAAAGUCUCAUUAUUUCCCUAUAAGCAAUUUAGACCUGAAUAUUUUAACCUGACAAAUGCUUAAAUGCAUACUUGUCUUCAAGGAAAUAAGUAGUACCACUGAAAUCAGUGAGAUUUCUCAUGCUUGCACUGAAGCUUGCUCCAUGUACUUCAGGAGCAAGGUCCUGCCUGGAUUAAUCUUUGUUGUAUUUCCUUGCUGAUAUCUUCAGGUCGACAAGCAGAUCUGUUACCUAACAAAUGGGGCUAUUCAGCAGCUGCUGAAAAUAGUUGAAUAUGAAGAUAGUGAUGCAGUGAACAGCAAUGUUUUUUUGUUGGUUUACAGCAUAGCCUCUUCAAAGUGAAACAAUUCACAGUAGCAAAAAAUAGGUAGCUAGAGCUCACAGUGUACGUGAACAGAAAUAUCUGUAAGUGCAAUGUUCCCUUCAAAUUGUGAAGCAUUAUGUGGUUGCCUCAUUUAAUAAUUAAUAAUUUACUACUUGCCUAUAUGGAUUAAUACCGUUGAUUUUGUUCAAAUCAUCUGGAAAAGAAGCACAAAUUCAAUGUUUUAAGUUUGCCAUUGAGGCGGUAUUUACAAAUAUGUCAAACUUUGCUGUCUUAUUAGACUUCAAAAUUAGAAGCCUAAGGGUUAAUAUUUUUGAAGAUAAAGCUUCUAUAUUAUCAUUCAGUCCUCUGAAAAACUGGUUUACACAUACUGUAUAAAAUUUAUCUGGUUUCUGGUUUAUUUAUUUUAAAGAAAAAAUUGUGCUUUAUUCGGAAUUGAAUGUAGCAGAGCUUAUGUAAUUCUGACAGUUUCUGUAGUCUGUCUUAAUGGAUUUUCGAUUAUGCUUAGCCAGAUAGCUCAGUCACUCUGGUGGGAUCACUUCUCUUGCUCUCUGUGCAACCCUGCUGAAGCCCACAGUGUGAUUCUAAGUGCAAGAUGGGAUGUGGAAGAGCAGGUCAGACCUCUUGUGUGGUGGUCUGUUUAAUUUUUUUGGGAAAAACUAGAUGCAUUAAUUUGUAAAUAAUUUUAUUUAUUAGUAUCUUUUGGUAGUAAUGUGUCUCAGCACUGAGUUCUUUUGCAGGCAGAUUCCCUCUGAGUCCCUGAUAGCUCCUUGGGUUACAUUACAUUGUACUGUUUGUCUUUGUCUAUUUUUUUGGCUGAAUUCAACUGAUGUCUGUGCAUUUUCUCAUACAAGGCUAUGAAAAAUCUCGAAGCCUAAACAACAUAGCUGGCUUGACAGGCAAUGCUCUGCGACUGUCUCCAGUAACAUCACCCUACAGCUCACCUUGUCCUCUAAGGCGCUCUCGGUCUCCCAUCCCUUCCAUCUUGUAAACCAGAUGGCAUCAAUCGGCUACAUAGUAUUAAAUCUAAUACUGUUUACCACAUACUGGAAAUAAAUGUAGCAUUAAGCAUAGGCUCCACAAAUAUGGUCUAACUCCUGCAUGAUACAACUGUCAGUAGUAAGAAAAGCCACUUGGGUACCUGAAGAUUUUUGUCUUGGCUUUUAAAGAUUACUUCAGGUAGCAUUUCUCCUUUUAUCUACUAUAUUGUCCUACUUUCCUGUGGCAAUAAAAGGACAGUUAGUGGAUGCUUUUGUCCAUAUAAUCAAUAAAUAAGCAUAUUUUCAGGGAGAUUUACUUAAAAUAAUGUGCUUCCAAAUAAUUAUCAGUCACUCCAUUGAACCUUCAUUUCUUGUGACUCUAAUCCAUUCUGAAGAUGUCUGCUCUGAAGGGUCUGCUCAUUUGCAUGGACCAUCCUGUCUCCAUCACCUGACAAGCAGUGUUGCGGAUCGUGGAGACCACAGAGGGCUCUGGAUAUGUGUUCUCACUUUGUUACCAUCCUGCUGAAAUGAAAGCACUGAUAAACUGGUCUGCAUGUGGGAUUGUUUUUCUGUGUUUAACCUUUUCCUUUAUUUUUUUAACUAUCUACUUGUUUAUAAACGACUUUAUUUUGCGAUUAACUUAUUUCGGUGCUGGAUUGCUGUAUCAGAGUUCUGAAUGUCUCCGGUUGUUUGCACACAGAUAACUGCAAAGAGGUUGUCAUUACUGGUUACACGCAAGCAGAAGCCAGAUCUCUUUCUUAAUGGCUUGGGGAAGGCACAAAACAUGCAAGAAAGGUAAACGCCAUCCAGACUUGCAAUUUUAAGCUAGCAAGUGCUGCUUGGUACUGUAGUAUUUUAUCUACUCCAGGGUUCUUCAACAUUUUCAGAUGCUGAGUACCAAGUAAAAUUGAAACAAUUAUUGGGGGCUUUUUUUUUGCCAUUGUAAGAGGGUAGCAGUUCUCAAGUCGGGUUUUUGACCAGCCUUAUACCUCUGGCUAGUGGGCUUCAAAAAUUUCUUCAUUCAAUGUUUUUUGAGGUGCUUUGUCCUAUGUGUUGUUUGUCUGUCUGUUUUGCAACCUGUCUCCUUGUAUUCUCCAUCUGUCUCCAUUAAAGCACAGAGAUACUGUUAAAAUGCCCCCCUCUUUUAAGUUGAACUAAGAACACUUUUUCUCCUUUUCUCUUUUUUUCAUAUGGACUAUACAUCCAUGUAUAGAUAGAAGUAUACAUAUUUUUCAAGUGCAGUUAGUAUCAACUAGACUAACUCGUGUGCACUCCUAAGGUUUUUUGAGCGGCUUUUCAGCACUGACCGGUUGCCUAUUGCAUCAAUCUUCCUCCCAGCAACCAGCAUUCAUUACAAUUUUGAAGCUGUAUCUCCUCUAGUGGCUUUUUCAUUCAAUAUUAACCUCUGUUUAUGCAACAGGACAAAUGCAAUGGCAAAUUUGAGGUUCUGGGCUGGUGAGGAAAAAUUACCCUUAAACUGUAGAGUUUUAGAACUACAUGGGGAAGGCCAUAAUGACUGAAUCUUAAGUGAUCCUUGAAAUUGUUGAAUAAUACCUGACUGUCAUGUUUUACUUUUUUGUUAGGAAAAGAAAUUAUAUUUAUUGUUGACCAUGUAACAUGUUCUGUAUAUAGCCAAGCCCAAUAGCAUGACCUGCAUGUCAGAAUUCUUGUACAAUAAUGUAGUUAUCAAAGUAUACAUUUCUGAUAUUUAGAGAUGUACAUUGAUUUACUUUUGGUAAAAUAUUGUCAAUAGAGAGAUAAUUGCAAACAGCUUUUAGCAAAUGAAUUAAUAUAAUAUCUGGUGCUGCUGUUAUAUUAACUACAGUGUUGUACAGAAUUUAUCAUGGAUUUUUGACUGCUGAAAAAGGGACAAUGGAAUUUAGCCAUACCAAGGACUGUACUGGAAAGAGACUGCUGCUGCUGAAUGGGCCCUGAUAAACGACUCACACCUUGAGGAGGUCACUGAGACUUUGCGUGCGAAGCAGAGCUUGUUAAAGAAGAUGAAAGACCGCUCAUAAUUACUGCUGCCAGAGGAAGGGGUGACUAGUCACUGUUGAUGAGUCAGUGUAAAUAAAACGUGUGUGCAUGGAAAAUCAGUUUUUAUCUAUAUCAAGGAAAGCUGAAUUCAUGUCAUCAUUGCUAAGGUUCCAUGCAAAGACCCCCACCCCUGUGUUUAUUAUUCCUGGUUCCUGCAGUAAGCUGUGCUGUGGAUCAUACAAAGACACACGCUUAAUAAUGAUAGUGAUGUAAACUACAUCUGUCUUGACUUCUGUCAUACUAAUGGCAUAUAUUGCAAAAGUCACAAAUUUGAACAGAGUAGGUUUACAUAAGUCUUUGCUUUCUCAGUUUGCCAUGACCUAAAUUGUUAUGAAUUGUAGUGUACAUGCCAAGUCCUAAGUUUACUUUUCACUUUGAUAACAAAAAUGUGACUGCAGACAAACAUCACUGACUUUGUUCACAGCACACAGUCUUCUUUCAUUGUUACCUCAAACUAUAAGUAUUAUCAGAAAUAAAAUUCUGGCAGCAAGAAUAUUUUGUGGUUUUUUUUUUUUUUAAUUCAAAGUGUUGCAAACCCAACAUCAAUAAGUAUAAAAAUUGUAUUAAAAUUAUAUUCUAUAAAUGUAUAUUUUACAUAAAAUAUAUAUUCUUUGAUAAGUUAUUUUCUGUGAUUUUUGUGGUAAAUGGAUCUAGUCUAUUCUAUGUUUAUGAGACAUUGUAGUGCUACGAUGUGGUAAUUAUGUUCUCUCCAUCCUAUUCAGUGGGAAAUUCUCCAGAAUCUGUUUUGUCACCCUGGUGUCCCGAUUGUAGGGACCUGUCCCAGUUGUGAAAUCUCUGUAUCGUGGAACUUCUGUGAACAUGUCAAGGUGCAUGCACAAUCCUGGUGGAAACCAGUGGAAAUGUAAUACCUGAAUUGGAGAAUAAAAGGCAAAAGACCUGGGGAGGAACUUGGAACAUA